AUGUCACAAAUCCUAAAUAUAGCUGCCUAUACUGGAACCACAGCAAAUUUGUUCAUGAGACACGAGGAAAACCGUCUACAUACGUUUGCACAAUGGCGCACACACAUCCCUGUGGAUCCACGAGAGCUAGCAAGGGACGGAUUUUGUAAUACAGGCCAACGCCACCUGCUUCAGUGUCCAUUUGGUGGUUGCAUCAUUCGGGUUGAAGAUUUUGCAGUUGGUUUUUGUGACUACGUCACAUGUUUUUAUUGCGGUGGACAACUUCGUAAUUGGGAGGACAAAGGUGGUUCUCUGACAAAUGUAGCAUGGUUAGAACAUGCGCGGUGGCUGCCGAGAUGCCCGUUUUUGAUGGCUGAAAAGGGACAGCAGUUUAUUGAUAUGAUACAGAGCAUAUAUCCCCCUAAGAU